AUGGGAUUUGCAACAUCUGGCAUGGUGACUUCAUCUUCUACAGGCACAGUGCCCCCAAAUUCUGUUUCUCCUUCCAUAAUGACGCAAGUUGAUACUAAUGUCUCGUUAGGCCAUCGAAUACCCUCUGGAACUUCUCCUGCUGGGAUUAGUAAUAGAGCACCUCCAAAAAAGCCUUCUAUUGGCCAAAAGAAGCCUCUUGAAGUACCUGGUUCCUCACCACCGCCAUCAAGUAAGAAGCAAAAAUUAUCCGGGAACUUUUUGGAUCAAAGCAUUGAACAACUGAAUGAUGUCACUGCUGUUAGUGGAGUUAAUCUUAGGGAAGAGGAAGAGCAGCUGUUUUCUGGACCCAAGGAGGAUAGUCGAGCUUCAGAAGCAUCUCGAAAGUUUGUGCAAGAAGAAGAAGAAAGGCUGAUUUUGCAGAAGGCUCCCUUGCAGAAAAAAUUGGCGGAAAUUAUGGUCAAAUGUGGUUUGAAAAGUAUAAGCAAUGACGUGGAGCGCUGUUUGUCACUGUGUGUGGAGGAAAGAAUGAGGGGACUAAUAAAUAAUUUGAUCAGACUGUCAAAGCAGCGGGUUGAUGCUGAGAAACCAAGACACCACACUAUUACUACCUCUGAUGUUCGGCAACAAGUUAUGAAUCUCAACCAGAAUGCUAGGGAAGAAUUUGAAAAAAAGCAGGCUGAGGCAGAAAAGCUUCGAAGGCUUAAUGAACCUGAGGUUAACAAUGGAGUUGAUGGUGAUAAAGACAAAGAUGAUGGUCGCUCCAAAUCAUUUAAGCCAAACAAAGAGGAAGAUGACAAAAUGAGGACGACAGCAGCAAAUGUUGCUGCCCGAGCUGCUGUUGGAGGGGAUGACAUGUUGUCAAAAUGGCAACUUAUGGCUGAGCAAGCCCGGCAAAAGCGUGAAGGUGGGAUUGAUGUGGCAUCUGGGUCCCAACCAGGUAAAGAUGUAAACCGCAAGCCUACAUCAACAGCUGGAAGAAUUAUGAAGGACAAUCAAGAUGCAGAGAAAAGGGGAGGUGGAACUCCAGUUGCUGCAUCUGGGACUAUUAGAAAAUGUGGAAGGAACCAAGUUAUCACACCUCAUACAAGGGUGGCUCGUAGUAUAUCUGUCAAGGAUGUGAUUGCUGUCCUGGAGAGGGAACCUCAGAUGUCGAGGUCUACUAUGAUAUAUCGCUUGUUUGAAAGAAUCCAAUCAGACACCACUUGUGAAUAA